GCAGUUCUGUUAAAUGAAAAGAAAAGUGGAAUCAAUGGGGUUUGGUGACGUGAUGGCCUCGCGAGUCGGUGCCAGCCAAAAGCAGAUGAUGACACUUUUGCUUCUAUUUGUGCCAGUUCUAUCGUGUUGAUAGCCUCAGAGAUUUCCGUAUUCACUUUGCUUACCGAAGUGUUUCCUUGCUGACAAGUUGCUUGGGCUGGGAACCAUUUGCGUGUUACCGUACGCCGACUUCGCUGUCGUGUGCGUACGUAUUUGUACACAAAGAACGUGCUAAAUUUGGUGGUUUGAGGAGCAAAGCGAGGGGAGUGUUUGUCUCCAUUUUAAUUAUUAAUGUCAUUAAUGUCGUUAUUACAUUAUUCAUUAUUUAAAAAUACAAUACUAUUAAGGCACUCUUUAUGUGCAUUACGAGAAAUUUUAAAUCCUUUAAAAUAUUAAAGAUAUAUUUUGUGUAAAGAUUUAAAACCUUCUCAAUUCUUUCUAUAUUUUUACAAUAUUACGUAGUGUAGUUGCAUCAUACUGCACCUCUUCAAAUUAAGUAAGGAGAAAAAAAAAUGUCAGCAGUAUUAGAUCAAACCCCAAACAAGGCAGAAACUGCCUCCAACCUCUUUGCAUCAGCAGCUGAUGUCUCUCCCAAAAAUGGACCUGACUUCACCAGCAUCCGAUCAAAGAUUGUUCUUGUGAGCCCCACAGAGGAGCAGUUUGAUCUUCUUCAAAAGCGGUUAUCACAACGCCUGGAAGAGGGCAGAGGAGAAACUAUUUUUGAUAUUGGAGUGGGUGAUGAUGGUGGAGAAAGUGGCUUGAAACCUGAUGAAUAUGACGCUGCUGUGGCAACUCUCCAAUCCUUAGCUGCUACUUUGGAAUGUGACUGUGUUAUUUUACGCCAGCGUAAGGGUGAAGAGGGUCAAACAGGACAAUACCUUGUGCGGAGAAGAGUUGACCAACAGGAUUUCUUGGAAAUAAGGGUUGCUGUUGUAGGCAAUGUUGAUGCUGGUAAAUCAACUCUGCUUGGUGUCUUAACUCAUGGUGAAUUGGAUAAUGGCAGGGGAACAGCAAGACAAAAACUAUUUCGUCACAAACAUGAAAUGGAAUCAGGUCGAACAAGUUCAGUGGGUAAUGAUAUUCUGGGCUUUGAUAGUGUUGGUAAUGUUGUUAAUAAACCCGAACAUGGCUCUCUUGACUGGGUUAAAAUUUGUGAAAAAUCAUCUAAAGUGAUUACAUUUAUUGACCUGGCUGGCCAUGAACGCUACCUUAAGACCACUGUAUUUGGAAUGACUGGACAUGCACCAGAUUUUGGAAUGCUAAUGGUUGGUGCAAAUGCUGGAAUUGUUGGCAUGACCAAAGAACAUUUAGGUUUAGCACUAGCAUUGAGUGUUCCAGUUUUUGUGGUUGUGACCAAGAUAGAUAUGUGUCCUCCAAAUGUUCUACAAGAUACUCUGCGUCUACUUGUUCGAAUCCUGAAGUCCCCUGGAUGCCGCAAAGUACCAGUGAUGGUCAAAACUCCAGAUGAUGUAAUUGUUAGUGCCACAAACUUUGUGUCAGAGAGAUUAUGUCCUAUUUUCCAAGUUUCCAAUGUGAGUGGUGAAAAUUUGGAUUUGCUUAAAAUGUUCCUUAAUCUUCUGACCACCCGCACCUAUAGUCGAGAUGAUGAGCCUGCAGAGUUCCAAAUUGAUGAUACUUACUCUGUCCCAGGUGUUGGUACUGUUGUGUCAGGCACUGCCCUCAAAGGUGUGAUUCGCCUAAAUGACACACUAAUGCUUGGUCCAGAUCCACUCGGACAUUUUACAGCCAUUGCAGUAAAAAGUAUUCAUCGUAAACGUAUGGCUGUACGAGAAGUCCGUGGUGGGCAAACAGCCUCAUUUGCCCUUAAAAAGAUUAAACGUUCUCAAAUCAGAAAGGGUAUGGUAAUGGUGUCACCAUCUUUAAAUCCACAAGCAUGCUGGGAAUUUGAAGGAGAAAUUUUGGUUUUGCACCAUCCUACUACCAUUAGCAGCCGCUAUCAAGCCAUGGUUCACUGUGGCUCGAUCAGACAAACAGCAAGCAUUCUCACAAUGUCUGAAGAAUGCCUGCGGACUGGAGACAAGGCUCUUGUUCACUUCAGGUUCAUAAAACACCCUGAAUAUCUUAAGCCAGGGCAGCGUAUGGUAUUUCGAGAGGGUCGAACCAAAGCUGUGGGCAACGUCCUGAGGUUAAUUCCUUCUGCUGGCCCAGCAAAUCAGUCGGCUCGCUCUAAACCCAACAAAAUGAUGUCCAGGCAACCAUCUCAGGGCCAGGGGCAGGGCCAAGGCCAAGGCCAAGGAACCACUCAGCAAGCAUCAGAUCAGACAUCUACCGAUGAGGUCCCUGAGACCCCUCUGGAAGUGAGCUCAGAUAAACGCGAGAAUAUCGGCCAACGCUCAGGGAAGAAAAGUCGGGGGCGACGAGGUGGAAGAGGGCGCAACGGAGGCCCUCCCAAACCUCUGACGGAGCAGAAUUCUGGGGCAGCACCUGCACCUCGCCCUGCUUCUAAAGUCUAGAUCAGAUGCUCAAGUAGUUUUCUGUCUUUCUCCUCUUAUUUUUUCUUCUUCAGUUCGAAGGUGUAUGGAUUAAAGCUUGUGAUUAUUCUGCUCGGUACUUUUUUUAUCAUUCUAUUAGUAGAGGCUGUGCUGUGAAAAAGCCUUGUGUGAUCCUUGUUUUUUUUUUUUUCCCCCCUCAUAGGGCUUGUAGAUAUUCUGCUCAUUUUGGUGUUGAUUCUAAUCAUGACAUGUUAUAUGAGCAUCAAAGAUAAUUUUACUAUUUGUGGGUUGAUCAAUCAUAUUUAUUUUUCAGAAAUAGCCUUCUCUUGUCUAUCUGGUAUGUGAAUAUUGCUUGGGUCUUGAAGUUCCAGAAAUUUGUGAUGUUUGAUUAUUGAACUUCAUCUCAGGGCUGAGCAAUGAUAUUCAUCCACUUCUAUAAACUCAUUUGUAGGUUGUUGUUAUUUUUUUUCAAUUCUGUUUUAUUUUGACAAAUAGAAUGUCACAUUGUAUUAAAUGUGUUCCGAUCUUUUGUUCAUGGAAUUUGCUACUUGUUGAGAUAUUGUGGUAAAAAAAUCCAUUUGAAACGAGGUACCUGUAGCUGUCUACCACACUAUCUACCCUCACAUUGUACAUAACCAAGGUUCAUUUAUGUAUUGAAGUUUGGCAAUAACUUUAAUUUAUGUUUCAAAUAUAACUCUUCUCUGUGAUCUCUUGGUGCAGUAAGGACUUUUUUUCUGAAAUAAUUUCUUUCUGUAUUUUAUUCUUAAGGUUAGGUAUAAUUAUGGCACCAAAUUUAACAAGUUUAUGUCCUUUGUGUUAGUUACUUUUUAAAUGCCAGUCUUUCGGUAUCAUUAGCUAAUUUUUUUUUUUUUUUUUUUAAUUAGUAAGCCCUUUUACUUCUUAUCUAGUUCUCAUGAGAUGGCGGUAUUGCUUAAGUGUGACACUUUUCUUGAACUAACAUAAUCAAUGGCAUGCUGAAAUGUGCUUUAUUGUGAGAGUUGAAUAAAUUUAAACUAACAUAUUUACUUUUUUCCUUAACAUCAUAGCAUCAUUAAUCCUCAAAAGAUAUGUUCAGAAUCAAGAUUAAAAUUAUUGUUGAACUACAUACAAUCUAUGAUGUGUCAUAGAGGAUAUAUGUACAGUAGGUGUUGGAUUUUCCAGUGUUGUCUUGUAAAGGUAUACAAUAAACUGCACACUGUACAUCAGCACGAUGAAA